GGCUCCUCCCCGAAGACUGUGUCCAAAUGGUCAAGUAUUUCCCGGCUGGACCGUUCCCUUCGACGUCAAGUGGUUCAAGACCAUACCGAGAUCCGUGGUUUCAGCCGAGUUCGUCAGAGUCGUCACUCGUUUCCGCCAAGAGAACCCCGAAUUUCAGAUCUUGCAGCGACUCAUCGAGGCUGAGCACAUCCCCACUGCGAUGUGGUUUGUCAAGCGCAUGAUCUGGAAUGGCGAAAUCCUCAGCAAAUGCCUUUCCGUCUUGAACAACAUAUCCGAGACGCUCGACGACUUCCUCCUCGAAGAACGUGACGUCUUCCUCAAAGGACUAUCGGUCGAGAUCAACCAGGUGUACUUCCAAUGGCUCAAGUCGUUGGACGUAUCCAACGUGAAGGUCAAGUACGCUCUCUACGAAUGCUAUCGUUUUGGUAGAGGAACCGAUGCCAACCCGACCCGGGGCUUGGAUCUCCUGGUCGAAUGCGCUCGAGGUGGUUAUCACGACAGCGCCCUGCAGAUCUACGACAUCUGCCGAUAUGGGUGGAUUCGAGAUGCACCCCAUGCAUCGUCCGUCUGGCAUCGGUUGUCGGAAUCGUCGGGACACAGUCUCCCUGAAAGGGACAGGAACCUCCUGAGUGUCUACUGUAUGAAGAACUCGAUUGGCUUCCCUCGAUGGAUGAACUGCAAGGCUACAUAUCAGUAUACAGUAGCUCAAACAAUUGUCCCAAUGUUUUGGUGAUUUGGACUGUGAUGUCUGUAUCUCUUCCAUUUCUGAUCC